AUGCUUCGCCGUUUUCCGAGAGGCCGAAGCUCUCUCGCAUUGAAACCCAGCUUCAUUCCCACAUUCAGGCCUUAUAUCCAGCUCCACCAGCCUUCCCCCGGGGCACGACCAUGGCCAGGCAGUAAGUCUUUCGGGCCUCCCGGGUCUACGGCAUUGCCAGGUCAUCGGACAUUCUUCUCGGCUGGCCAGAAGAGUGACACCAUCUACGCCCUGUCCACGGCCCAUGGGAAAGCUGGCAUAGCUGUGAUCCGUAUUUCCGGGCGCCUUUGUGCCGAGAUUUAUCAACAUCUCUGCCCAUCGAAACCUGUGCCGAAGCCACGCUUGGCCAGUGUGAGAACCUUGUACCAUCCACUAUCAAAUCAGACAGAUAUUUUGGAUUCUGAUGCCGUGGUCAUAUUCUUCCCAGGACCCAAGACGGUCACCGGCGAGGAUGUGCUUGAACUUCAUGUACACGGCGGGAGUGCUACUGUGAAAGCUGUGCUAUCGGCCAUCCCGGCGUGUCCAGCUGCGGGAGCCAUACGCUACGCUGAGCCUGGUGAGUUCACCAAGCGUGCCUUCUUGAAUGAUCGGCUCGACUUGGCGCAGGUAGAGUCACUGAGCGACACUCUUUCUGCUGAAACCGAGCAGCAGCGGCGAGCAGCCGUCCGUGGCUCGUCGGGAGCUCUGGGGAGAACCUAUGACAGUUGGCGCCAACAACUGCUCGAAGCAAGAGGCGAGGUGGAGGCUAUCAUUGACUUUUCCGAAGACCAGCACUUUGACGAGGCGCCAACAGAUCUCCUGGGGAAUGUCUCGCGGCAGGUGGAGCGGAUACUGGCGAGCAUUGAGCAACACGAGGUGGCCAGCCAAAGGAGCGAACUGUUGAGGAACGGAAUUCGCAUAGCCCUGCUCGGACCGCCCAAUGUGGGCAAGAGUUCCUUGAUGAACCAGAUCGUGGGAAGAGAGGCGUCGAUCGUUUCUGGCGAAGCCGGCACGACGCGCGACAUUGUCGAGGCUCACCUGGAUAUCCGCGGGUAUCUCUGCACCUUUGCUGAUACUGCCGGCUUUCGAAGCACAGGCAGCCAGGACAGCCCUAUCGGUGCUGUCGAACUAGAGGGUAUCCGCAGAGCAAGAGCCAAGGCGCUGGAAUCCGACAUCGUGGUUGUCCUGGUAUCUGUCGAGAGGAAUCCUUCGGGGGAUUACUUUAUCAACUAUGACCAAGAAACGCUGGAGUUACUCCAGGCUGUUGGGAGAGGCUUGGUUGUCCUGAACAAGCGCGAUAUGCUCCCCAAGGACGAGUUGGAGGACCUGAUCGAGGAUUUCCGCGCCUCUGUGCUGCGCAACAACGGUGGAACCGCAUCUGAGCCCCUCCUCGUUUCUUGCAGCGAGGCUCUGACCCUAUCUGCGACAUCGAAGGACCCGGGUGGUGUGCAAGGGGUAGCUGACCGUCUGGGCACCCUUUUUGCGGAUAUGACGUCUUUGCCGGCUAACCAACAAGACCUCCAUGGUGUCACCGAACGCCAGAGACAACUCCUGGCCCAAUGCCGGAAGCAUCUGGAAGACUACGUGGGCAACACAACCUCGGACGAUGUCAUCGACGAGCUCAACUUUGUCGUGGCCGCAGAAGAUCUUCGGUAUGCUGCUAGCUGCUUGGCACGCAUCACAGGACGUGGUGAAGCUGGCGACGUCGAGGAAGUGUUGGGAGUCAUCUUCGAAAAGUAA